AUGAAAAGAACUAGAAAAAAAAUCAAUAAAAUCAAUGCAGAUCUAAGUGUUAUAAAUAAAAACUUAAUUUACCUGUCAGCUCAAACAAUUACAACGAGUCAUCUAGAUGAAUUUCAAAAUGAUAUAGCAUAUAAAGUUCUCUUGGGGCUUAUCUAUGGGGCAUUUGGUUUUGGUUUUUUAUAUAGUUUUAAAUCAUUAAUGAUCAGUCUAAGAACAAUUCUUUGCUACCUUAUUUUAAUAUAUCUGUUACAAAAAUGUUAACUAUCAACUGGGACUUAAUAUAAAUUUAUUUUGGCAAAUUUGCCAGUUAGAGAUCGUACUUAGGCGGAAAUUCUAAUAUAGGCUAAAAACCAUAAAAUAACCUUAAACUAUCUAUAGCAAUACUUGAGGUAUAUUGGCAAAUCUCAGCUCAAGGUGAUAGCAUUUAUUCCAAAAUUGAGAAAAAAGAUGAUAAUUUGUAUAAAAAUAUUGAGAGAAAAUUUGGAAACUUUGAUAAAAAUAUUGAGAGAAAACUUGAAAUUUUGGAUGGAAAAUCUGAACACUCGGAUAAAAAUAUUUAUGGAAAAUUUGAAAAUUUGGAUAAAACUAUUGAGAGAAAAUUUGAAAACUUGAAUAAAAAUAUUGAGAGAAAAUUUGAUACGAGUGAUUGAAACUUUAAAUCUUUAGUGAAAAAAUUGAUUGAAAAUUUAAAUCAUUAG